AUGCCGGACUUGGCAAAUAUGUUCCAAGCUCUUACCACAACUUUGGUUAAGAACCUUAUUCGGGAGAUGACAUGCAAAGUUGCACGAGAUAUCAUUAUAAGCAAAUACAAUGAGUUUCUGUAUUCUCUUCCUCUUCGUCAACCAAUCGGAUUUGACUUCUUCGUUGAUUAUGCACUACAACAACCAAAAUAUACAAACAAUCUCAUUGAAUUCACGGCUGGAAGCAAAGUCGGAUAUGGCAAUCUUUCAUGUGAGGAACACACAAACGCGAUCGAAAACUUCGCGGAACAAGGACUGAAGCCAAAGAUGGCAGUUGUAUGGAUGGGAGAAAGUCUCUCAUCGUGUGUUUUUAAAAGCGUGCAUGAAUCACAGAUGAUCCAGAUCCCUAUCAACAAGAAUAGUCUCCCGGAUUACAAGGAUUACCUUAAAAUCAAUUGUGGAGCGCUUGCGAUGUGCAUUGGGAACUGGUUCCAAAGUUUCGUCAGCAAGUACAAGAAGAACGAAUACGCCGAAUUAAUUAUUCGCACCUACGAGGCACCAAUACUGAAACUAAUGAAAGGUUACAUUAAAGUCAAUGCCAAGAUUGCUAUGGAUGUGUACAUAUAUCCAAUCGAGAAGAAUCCCAAGAAGCUUGCCACAUUGGUACUUGAUGCAAACGCAAAAGUUAUUCCACAAAAUACUGGCGAUCGAUUGAUUGGGAAGGUU